AUCUGUAAACAAAAGCUUCGGUAUAAUAAAUCUAUGAGUCUAGUGAAGCAAGCUGUUAUAUUACAAGAUGGCAAUGCAAAUGAUAAUGAAUUAGAUAUUCUCUUAAAAAAUUAUAUUGAAAAGAAGACUCUUCAAUAUGAAAAGGAAAUUAAAGAAAGAGAAUUGCGAAUUCUUAGAGAAAACUAUAGUUCAGAAAAUGCUUUAGCUAUAGAAACUGACAAUGGUCAACUAAUUUCUAUUAAAAAAGUUGCAAAUCUGUUAAAUUAUAUUGGAAAAGGAGCUCUAUGCAAGAAAUGGCUUAAAG